AUGUAUUUACUAAGUGUAUAUAUUCAUAUAUGGCCUAUUCAAAAUAGGAAAGUCGAAUUUAGCAAAAGAACUAUGAAUUAUGUAAAUAACGAUAUAUCAAGGUCAGGAAGAAAUAUUAGUUCAAAUGUGUCAGACGAGUCAAGGAUUUUCUAUUUAGUUUGUUUUGCAAGCGUGAAGCCAUUACUACUAUGGAGUUCUCUGCACUCUUUGGCAAUACUAGUUGUGUUGGUAAAUAAUAAACAAGUAACACUUCUGAGUCUAUUUCAGAAAUUAUUUAUACUGUUCAUUUCUUCUUUUUUUGGUAUUGCCACCUUCCUUAUGGUGAUUUUAAGCAGAACUAUGUGUAUAACGAGUGAGCUUUAUUUAACGGCCUCUUUUCCUUUAUUUCAUGACAUUAGUAUUAUUAUUCCGAGAUAUAUUUUGUGGGAACUUAUAUUUACUUCUAGAUGGGUAUGGCUUUCAAUUCAUCUUAUUGCUGCUUCUACAUCUUGCACAAAAGUUUGGAAUAUUUUAACAUUUUAUAGCUCUGCUCCAUCUCCAUAUAUAGCAUCACUAUUUUUAACUACUGGUGUACUUUCAUUUCUUAGAUUCUUUGGGAAAAACCAAAAUACAUUUUCAUGGUUACUACAGCUCUCUAAUAUAAAUAUUAGACACGUACCGUGCCAUUAUAAUUAUAUUCCUAAAUCCCUUGUUUCUUCAAUACACUACUUUUUACAAAAUGGUAAAAGUGGUAAUUUUCAUGUAGCACUUGCCCUAUCAUUUUUCUCAUUUUUGGUCUCAGUUCCAAUAUGUAUUAUAGGGUUUAGCAUUCCUGGGCUGACUCAAUUAUUCAAAUUUAUGCAAUCAAUGCCUUUAAAUAUAUUGUUAGAUUGGUUUUUUGAUAGUGGAAGUUCUAAAUCUGAAUAUUAUUCUUUAACUAUUGCUGCUGUUACUGUCACUUGCUUUUGGUAUUGUAUAGAACUACACUACAAUAAUAUUCAGAAUUGCUUAUCUCUUAAUUUGGGAAUUAAUAAAUAUAACUUAAUGCAAAAAUUGGAUGAAUACUCCUUAUUGGUAGACCAAUUUUCAUCUGCAUUGAUAUGUGCCCAAUCUGUUAAGCUAAUAAGAAACCAACCCUAUAAAUUAUUUACUAGAUGCUCCCAAUCUACAGAAAUUCUCAUUCUAAAAUAUUUAAAUACGGUCAUACUAACAAUAUUACUAAUUCCUCUUUAUUUACCUCUUUGGGUAGUCCCAAAAAUUAGGUAUUAUACUGGAUUAGUAAUUUCCAAUUACUUUUGCUCUACAUAUGAUACUCCUAUUUCAGUAUCAGCCUCACCAAAAUUGUGGUCAUCCUAUGAAAGAAAGUCUCUAUUUGUAAUAAACCACCUUAGAAGGCAAAUAGAUUAUAUCUUUUCUAUUCUUAUUUUACUGGAUCCUUGUAUUCCUACAAAGAUAGCCAGUAGCAACAACGAAAUUAAUAUUAUUAUACAGACAUAUCUUGGUAUCGAUAGUACACAUCUAUUAAAGAAAUUUGAUGCAAAUACGUGGUUUAUGCAGUUCUUAGAUCCCAGAAUCAAAAAACACUUUGUUGCAAGCAGUUUUAUACCAAGUAAAAUUAGUGAAUGGUGGCACAACAAUAUUCUGCUAACUGAAGAUUCUCACACACCAACAUCAGAAUCUAAAUCUCUCAUCAUAUCUUCUAUAAUGAAGGAAUAUGACACUUCUAUAUCGCUAAAACUUCAUAGGAAUGACAUAUUUCUGAAUAUUCUGAAGAAAUUUUAUGCAUUGUACAGUACAGAAUUUGCAAAUGUAUCUGAGGAUUUCUAUACAAGCAAGUUGGAUUCAAACAUAGUGAAGGACAGAAAUGGUUCAUGUAGAAAUUCAAUGUCUCAAUUAAUAUUUUUAAUGCAGGAGAUGACACUAAAUACUAUUAAUUUGUGUAUUAUCCACUUAUACGGUUACCAUCGUUGGCUAAUAAGGCUUAAGUUAACUAAUUCAUUUAACGAGAAUGUUUCAGCUCAUACUCUAAAGCUAUUUUUAUCUGAGGUUAUUCACUUAAAGAAUUAUAUAACCGUUAUUCAGGAAAUUGGUGUUUUGAAAUCUCAAUAUUUACAUCCUAUGUUUAUAAACUCUAUAUUACGUAUUUAUAAGGAGUGUGAUGAUACAAUUCAUUUGGUUAAAAAGUAUUAUUCUGAGGAGAUUUCUAACUUACAAUUACCCUUUAACUUCUUUAAUUUUUGA